UUUUAAAAAAGAAUAUAAUAAAGAUGUUUGUAGAGCUCGUUAAAGUAAAAUCUAGUGAUAUAAGACCGUCAACUACGUUAUUCUAGAAAAACACUUAUGGAUGUUACAGACUAUCCUUAUCUUUAUCUCAACAAAUUAUCUUUUUUGAUACGAUUGAAAAUGAAAAUGAAAUGCAUAAAGAUGUGAAUAUGUAUCGGAAUACAAUCAAGCACGGUUGCUAUCUUAGUCAACUAGACAACCAAAGUCAACUCAUGAAAUCCUUUCUUUCUCAUAGAUUAAGAGGGAGAAAGAGAGACAUGCCCUCACGUUGUUGAAUUUGUGACAAAGCAACAACAUAAACACAAAUUCAAAAUUUGGUAAUUUGAAUCAAAAACCUGUGAUUCAAAACAAACAUGUUGAGCACAUCUCCCACUUUCUUGCAAAUGGCAUCCAUUAAGGGGAUCAAAAGAAAUAAUGUAAACCAUAUAUUUAUCAAACUUGUGAAGAAGAAGAAGAAGAAGAAGAAGAAGAAGAAGAAGGUAAGUAAAAAUGGGAAUUACAAGAAACUGGUUUAGAAGAGCAAGAAGGAAACUGAUCAGUAGAAAUGGCAACAACAGAGACGUUGUUUUUCUGCAAACAAAUGCGAGUCCAAUUCAUGAUGAAGAACAAACCAAUCUUACAUUAACUCAACAACAAGAUGAAGAUGAAGAAGAAGAAGAUGAAGAAGAAGAAGAAGAGGAGGAGGAAAUUGAUUAUGAAUCGAUGACACCCAGAUUUCAAGACAAAGUGUUGUCUAUAGAGGAAGUGGCAGCCAUCAAAAUCCAAGCUUGUUUCAGAGGCCAUCUUGCAAGACGAGCAUUUCAAGCCUUAAGAAGCUUGGUGAAGCUGCAGGCACUAGCUCGAGGGGUGUGCGCGAGGAGGCAGGCACGAAUAGCUCUUCAAUUCAUGCAUGCAUUGGUUCGGUUACAGGUUCGUGUUCGUGCUCGUCAGCUUCUAAACAGAUACAGUGAAGAGUCUGAUAGCUGAAGAGAAAGGUAUCAUAUAAUACUAGCAGAUGCUUCUACAAGAAAUAUAAUAAUCCUAUCCAUCUGUUUGCCAAUUCUUUUGUUUUUAUUGCCCUUGAUUGUUGUCUGGUGAUAUUUGGAUUUCUCUUUCUCCUUCAUCUUUAUUUCUCAAGUGCUAUGCAGUUGCAGCUAGCUUUUGAAAGAAUUUUUGCUACAAUACGAUUCUCUUGAGAUGAACAAGUAGAAUCCAAGUGCUAAGUUCUUUUUCUUUAAUGAUUGAAUAUCCAUUGUCGUCUAUUCUUAUAAAUAAUAUGGACACAACUUGAUCGA